AGCGAUCCCUGCGCUUUCCACGGACAUAUCAACCUGUCCUGAGGAAAGAUGGGGGAGUAGUCGCUGUCUCGCGACCCCCACUCAGGCUUUCUUGCCACUUGCGCACCUUCGCUCUCGCGGCUCAUCGCAGGCGUGUUGCAAACUGCAGGAUAGGUCGUCUUAAUCGUGAGGCCCGCACAUUCGGCCGUAUAUACCCCUUCGCGUGAUGGAACAAUCACUUUCUUUAUCCUCGUCUGUCUUUCACGACUUGGCAGCCACGCGGUACAUGUCCGCGAUCGGCUUGGUUGUUCUGUUUUACGACCAUUGCCUGACCUUCGCGGACGAGGUGGAGUACAUUUGGCCUGCCCCGACCACUUACGCAAAAUACACCUUCCUCCUCAACCGCUACACGGUUCUAGGCACACUUCUGGCGGUAGCAUAUGAGAUGUGUGGCUUUGUGCCCAAUCCAUUCUCAGACCUAGGGCAAGUCAUUCGAUGUCCCUUACGAACAUGCAAGCACUUUAUCUUCACGUGCUCUAUGCUCGCAAUCGUAUCCGUCGGCAUUGCGAACCUGCUCAUCCUGCAGCGCGUCGUCAUUCUCUGGGAACAUCGCCCCAUCAUCUUGAAGAUCAUGACGGUUGGCUUCCUGCUGAGCUUUACGCUCCAGGUGGUCACAAUGGUUCUCACGCUCGUGAACGUACUGCCAAGCAUCCAGUGGUCGGCGCCGCUGGGCAUGUGCAUUGCGACGAAAUCCUCCCACAUCCUCGUUGCAGUAUGGGCAUCCCCGCUGGUGUUCGAAAUGUUCGUUCUCACAUCGACUGCGCUGAAUGCGCUUGACCGCCCGCGCACUGUCGAACUGCCCAUCAUCAAGGCGCUCCACUCGGACGGACUGGGAUUCUUCCUCGCCAUCACCUGCUUCCGUAUUCUCAACCUCACGCUCGCCGCUCUUUCACGACCCUCUCUUACUCUCCUGGGCGUCUUUUUCUGCUGGGCGAUGACCACUACCGUUCUAAACCGCCUCCUCCUCCACCUCCGGCGUGCCGAGUGCCGACAGGUCUCCUCCCUGGACGCGGACGAGGCGUCUGGCGAUGAGGAGCUGGCAGAAGCCGGGCUCUGGGAUCCGCGCCGUAGCCGCGCGAUCUCGCCCUUCGGCCUCAUUCCCAUUAGCAAGCGCAUGUCGAGCGGGAGCGACCACAGCGCCCGCUCCGACGAUACCGACCACGAAGCAGGACUCGCCGGGCACAAGCGGGGGCUGUCGGACUUCGAUGGGCUCGCGCCACUGCCCUUCACGUACCAUUACCAGAAGCACGUACCUGAUCCGAACCUUCGGCCGUGGGACUGA